AUGUCAGUCUCCAACCCGCCUCCUGAGACCGCGGUGGUGGCGGCCGAUCCCACGAAGCCAUUCGAACCUCGUUCCUUGAUAUCUGAGAUUCUCCGCACUCGCCACUGCAUCCCAGGCUCCAUAUUGCUCGUGGAGGGCAUUGAAGCGCAUGUUCCUGUUUCAAAGCGCUAUCGCACAGUCCGCCUGCUUCUAGGCGACGGGGACCUAUGUAUCCAGACACUGCUCCGGACAGAAAUGCACCGAUUUGUAGACACUGGUCGGAUAUUUGUGGGAUGCUACGUACGACUGAGCAGAUUUGAUGUACAGUCCGUCGAGUUGAAACCAGAUGAUGGUGAUGGCACGAAUGGCCCGGGGGAAAUGGUUUAUCUAGUCGUGAAGGACAUGGUUACUGUAGGAUGGAACACAGCAUAUAUGCAGAUGGCUGGUACGACAGGACAAGAGCGAUCGCAUGCCUCUGAAGCCGCAUCGACAGGCGACAAAACCAGCUUGGGAAUUGGUCGACCAAAUCACGGUGUGCCAGCCACUUAUCCACGCGUCGAUGCACCGAAGCCAUCAAUUGCAAAGCAGACCGAGGACCCCGGCUCCGACGAGGAAGACGCCUUUGAGAGCCGUCAGGUAUCUGAGCAAACAGUCAAAGAGCGCCGCCAGGAAGCAGAGCUCCUCCGCCAGCAGCCCAGCUAUAGCAGCGCGCUCCCCUGGGCUUCUGGCAACCUCAGCAAGCCCUUGAAACUCACACCACUAAAGUCCAUCCCUCAUCUGCCCUACAAGCAGAACUGGGCCGUCAACAUUCUGGCCGUGGUCACGUGGCUGUCGGACGUGGAACCGGCACUCCUGCCGGGCUACGUGGGUAAACAGCGGACGGCGAGGCUAGCCGAUCCGUCGACAGACAAGCAGGUACUGCUAACCGUGUUCCUGGACCCGGACGAGUUCGCUCCAGCCGUCGGCGGUGUGGUGCUGCUGCUCGGUGUCAAGAACCAUAGAUUUGAUGGCGGCAGCCUAAAGAAGUACGGAAACGAGAGGCUGAGGGCGGGGAUGAGCUGGUGGUUUGAGGACCCGGCCGAUAUCGAUUGGUGUGAUGUGGAGGGCUUGAAGAAUUGGUGGAGUGGGAAACAGGUAAAUGCCUCCUGA